AUGUUUCGUUUCAGAUCAAUAAAUUCUUCAUUUCAAGGACUAAGGUCCAUCAACCCAACUCUCAAACAAAACCUACUUCCAAACAAAAGAUUUUAUAGUGAUGUUAGAUUAAGUGACUAUGAACAAUUGAUUUAUAACAAAUUACAAAAGGAAUUAUCACCACAACAAUUAGAAGUUAUGGAUAUAUCUGGUGGUUGUGGCUCAAUGUUUGCUAUUAGUGUUGUUUCUGAGAAUUUUAAAGGUUUGACAAUGAUUAAACAACAUAAAUUGGUUAAUUCAAUCUUGGCUGAUGAGAUUGCUAAAUGGCAUGGGUUACAAUUGAAGACUAAAGCUCCACAAUAA